AUGACUGGCCUUAGCCAGAACAACAAUAUGGCUUCCCAGCCCAUCUGCCAGAUCAUUGCCCCCGUUGGCAUGCUGGGCUACGGCUUCGACGAAGAACUCACACGCUAUGAACUCGCCCACAUGGUCCCCAAUGGCAUUCCGACGGCUAUCAUCCUCGACUCGGGUUCCACCGACAGUGGCCCCCAAAAGCUCGCCCUUGGGUCCAUGUCCUGUCCCCGUUCAGCCUACGCCGAAGACUUGUCCAAGCUACUCCGACUUGUGCACACGUUUCGAGUGCCGCUUAUUUUUGGGUCAGCUGGUGGCGAUGGGACUGAUGAACAUGUGAAAGAGAUUGGAGAAAUUAUUGAGCAAAUUGCUGCCGAGGAGGGAAACAAAGACUAUAACUUCAAGACGAUAUCCUUGUUUUCCGGUUUUGACAAAUCCACGAUUCUUCAAAGACAUAGCCAGGGCCGAUUAACUGGAUGUGGUGUCUGUGUACCCCCCGUAACAAAAGAAGAGAUUGAAGCAUCCGUCCGAGUUGUCGCACAAAUGGGCCCUGAGCCCUUCAUCGAUGCUAUGGACGCCAACCCCGACUUCGACGUUAUAAUCGGCGGCAGAGCAUACGAUCCAUCACCAUAUGUUGCUUACUGCACGCAUCAACUAAAACGACAGGUUGAGGGUCUUACAGAAGAGGAUAUACAGUCCCGAGUCGGCGGUUUUCUACACAUGGGCAAGAUUAUGGAAUGUGGAGGCUUGUGCUCGCUCCCCAAGUCGCAUGGCGCAGUGUCUACAGUCUAUGCUGAUGGGCUGUUUGACGUGAGGCCUACAGCUCCAGAUUCUAUUUGCACUCCUUUGUCUGUUGCUGCGCAUACGCUAUAUGAGAAUACGAGACCGGAUCUCUUGCGAGGACCAGGCGGAGCUCUUGACCUCACCGAGGCGAAAUACGAGCAACUCGCCGACGGUAGAUCAGUGAGGGUUAGAGGGGCCCAGUUUCGGCCGUCCAAGGAAUUCGGCAAGCCAUAUCAACUAAAGCUCGAAGCUGCGCGCUUAGUAGGCUACAGGACUCUGUUUCUAGGUGGCGUUAAAGACUACAUACUCAUCUCACAAAUCGACGACGUUCUUGCUAUGGUCAAGGGCUACGUCAACCAGCAGCAUCCUGAUAACGCCGGCGAAUGGAAACUUGAUUUCCACGUCUACGGCAAAGAUCAAUACAAUGCCGCGGGACCAGGAGAGCUUUUCGUCGUUGCUGAAGCCUUGGCUUCUACGCAGCAACUUGCGAAUAGUGUUGCCUCCAAGGCAAGGGUGGGCAUGAUUCAUGCACCUUAUCCAGGCCAAAAAGCAACUGCUGGAAACUUUGGUUUUGGAAUUGGAGGUCUUAUGGAGAUUGAGAUGGGUGCAUGCGCUGAAUUCUCACUCUACCACCUCAUGGAUCUCGAGCCGGGCGAAGAACGUCUUAUCCUGGAUAAUGAAACGCCGUCAUCCAGUAAACUCCAAGCAUCUUUGCUGAGAGGAAGCGUUGCCACAAUCGGUAGAGGCUCAGCAGCUUCAUCCGACGCUGCUUUUAGGCAAAGCAUCUCAAGUCUCCGAGAUCAACUUCCCAAACCUACACCAAAACAGCACCCCCGCGCUACACGUAUCCAACCAACUCAACCACCGCGAGAGCCCAAGACGCUAUCAGAAGUGUGUCGCAUCCUCCGUUCCAAGAACGCCGGGCCUUAUGAGAUCACCAUCGACGCCAUUUUCGAUUCCGAAGCUGACUACCAGGCCAUCAAAUCCUCUGGGCUUCUGUCUCCUACCAACGUAUCCAAGGCCCUCGGAAUCUCGAAAGAAGAUAUAAUCUGGAUGGGUUUCUUUGACCCUGCGAUGGCCUUUAAGGUCACGAUUCCCAGAGUUCGUUCGGGAAAGAAAAAGUCUGCAGGAGGCUUCAUGGAAAGUGAUAUCCAUGGGUCACAGGAACACCUGGGACUUGCCAAUCUCAAGCUUCCAGGCGCCAGAACGAGCCAGUCAUCAAGUUCUUUCGGCAUCCAGGCUUGA